AUGACGCCCGCCUCGCAACAUGAGGAUUCCACUGCGCACGAAUCCCAAGCGCCGGCGCAUUCUUCGAACCACAAGCAUCGCCGAACCAUGACGUCGACCGACGAGAUCGACAGCACCAUUAUUCGCCCGGGCAGCGUCAAGAUCAAUGUCAAAGGCGCUUUCAUCGUCGAUCCGGAUAUCGCAACCCCAGCAUCGACUUCGGGUGCAAGCGCUGGUGGCCUUACCUCGCUUAACGGUCGAACGAGUCCAUCGCAUCCCGAGACGAGCGACAUCCGAUUGCCAUAUCACACUGCGAUUCUCGUCUACUUUUCGCGCGAAGUUGAUUCCACGGAUCCCGGUGGCCGGUUAAAUUUCCAGAGCUUCGAGACGGAUCGCAUUGAUGACUGCGUCGAGUUCAUGCGCCAUUUGCGCGACAAUCAGCUUGUCAAUGGCUCGCAACCGGGAGAGCUGUGUGUUAUGGCUACAGGCGGUGGUGCAUACAAGUAUUAUGACAAGAUCCGAGCGGCUCUAGAUGUGGAUGUGUCGCAGGAGGACGAAAUGGAAUGCCUUAUUAUUGGCCUCGACUUCUUCAUUACCGAAAUCCCCCGCGAGGUCUUUACCUAUUCUGAAACAGAUCCUAUGCACUUUGUUGUACCCCAAGAGAACAUCUAUCCCUAUCUCCUUGUCAACAUUGGCUCAGGCGUCUCCUUUCUCAAGGUUACUGGGCCAAGAUCAUAUCAACGAGUUGGCGGUACAUCACUUGGUGGCGGUACCCUCUGGGGUCUAUUGUCACUACUAACAGGAGCGCGAACAUUUGACGAAAUGCUCGAGCAAGCUGCGCAUGGUGACAACGCCAAUGUCGACAUGCUGGUUGGCGAUAUUUACGGAACAGACUAUGGUAAAAUAGGACUCAAGAGCACGACUAUUGCCUCAUCUUUCGGCAAGGUCUUUCGCAUGAAGAGAGAAGCCGAAUCAGCAGCCGAAGAUGGCAGAUCUGCGACACCAGACGAUGCAUGCUUCAACAGUGCUGAUGUCUCACGUUCUUUACUCUACGCGAUAUCGAACAAUAUUGGUCAGAUCGCCUACCUUCAGUCACAAAUCCACAACCUAUCAAACAUCUACUUCGGUGGAUCCUUCAUCAGAGGCCAUCGACAAACCAUCAAUACGCUGAGUUACGCUAUCAAGUUCUGGAGUAAGGGAGAAAAGCAAGCAUAUUUCCUCCGACACGAGGGCUAUCUUGGAUCAGUAGGCGCUUUCCUCAAGAGGAAGCCGAAGAACUGGGGCCGUAAGGGAAGUCUUGAGGGCAUGGACGAUAUUGCCGAGUUGAGGAAGAAUCUCCGCGAAGGGGCACCUGCUUCAAGUACAUCAUAA